AUGAAACGCAAGAAGCGAGAUCAUAACAAGGAACAUGAGAAAGACAGUACACCCCCAAGUAUGUUAGAUUCUCUCCAUCUUGAUCUAAAGCUGGAUAUACUGAGCUGUUUGCCUGCCAAGUCUCUUACGAAGCUCCGAUGUGUGUCGAAGAUGUGGUCUUCCAUCAUCCGAAGCCAAGGAUUCAUCGAUUCCUUCUUCGCAAUGUCCUCAACAAAACCGCGGUUUAUAGUCGCUUUGACUAACGGUUUUAUCCUCCCGCCUGAGGAGAGGCUUACCUUCUUCUACUCGUUUUCACACGAAGGAGAGGAGUCUUCUUCUUUGGUACCAAACUUCGAGAUGGUAACACCAACGAGUUUAUGUUACUGCUCAGAGUAUUUCGCUUCUCUCCAUGGCUUUCUCACUGUUGAAACUAAUAAAGGGUUGAUGCUAUGUAACCCUGGCACAGAGCAAGUCAUUACGUUACCCAAAGCCGCCACCUUUGUGGGAUACGAUCCGAUCGGUGAUCAAUACAAAGCAUUGGCCGUGGAGGUUAGCGUUCGUAAACCUGCAGCGCACAAGGUGUUAACGUUGGGUGGAGCUCAGGGAUGGAGAGACAUUGAAGGUCCCCCUGGACCUUAUAGGACCACAACAUCAGUGGGAAUAUGCAUCAACGGGGUUAUCUACUCUGGUGCUCAUGAGUACUCAACCCAAUCUAACAAUCCAGUUAUUGUGUGUUUUGAUGUUAGAUCAGAGAAAAUGAGUUUUAUCCAAGCACCUGACGAUGUCGUGCACUGGGGCUGUAAGUCGAUAUUGAUAGACUACAAUGGGAAGCUAGCUUCAAUUGCGAGAGACCCUAGGUGUGAUCUCCGUCGUUUUGAUCUGUGGAUACUGGAAGACGUCGAGAAACCGAUAUGGUCGAAGCAUGCAUGUGUGUUGCCAAGCUCCAUGUGGGCUCCUAUUGGGGUGGUGGAAUAUUCAUUUCCAGGUGCCACCAAAGCUGGUGAGAUCAUAAUUCACCCGAAUGGUUUGGCAAGAGAGGUUGAACCUUUCUACAUUUUCUACUUCAAUGUUAAAACACAAAACGUAAGAAGAGUCAGGCUCCUCGGAAUUGGAGACAAUCAAGAGUUUAGGCGCUCUUAUGGAUUCGAAGACACGUGUGAAUGCUUCGUCCGCAUGGUACCUCAAAACGUCGAGAGUAUUGCCUUUCUUAAGAAUCAUACUUGA